UGCAAAGCGCCAGCACUGAUUUUUCUUGUUGUGACUGUGUUUGGUCCUGAGAAUCUAAGCAAGUAUUCAACCAAAGAUGCAACUGCGGCAAUUUUCAAGGGCCUUUCCAGUGUUCCUGGUCAUCCUUUCUCAUGUGGUCGGAGCGAAAAGACCAAAUAUCCUCUUUAUAGUCGCAGACGAUCUCGGAUGGAACGACGUCGGAUGGCACAACCCGGACAUGCUCACUCCAAACCUGGACACACUCGCAAAACAAGGCGUCAUAUUGGAGAAUUCGUAUGUGCAGCCACUUUGUUCCCCGUCGAGGACAGCGUUCAUGACUGGGAUGUACCCGUUCCGUUCUGGCAUGCAGCAUCGAGUCAUCAGGCCUCUACAGCCAAAGGGUGUCCCGACCAAUUUCACAUUUCUUCCCGAGAAACUGAAAGAAGUUGGCUACGCUACUCACAUCGUUGGGAAAUGGCACUUGGGAUUCUGUAACCUUUCCUACACGCCUCUGCAUCGCGGGUUCAAUUCUCAUUAUGGUUAUUAUAACGGAGCGGAAGACUACUUCCUUCACGACCGGCAGUAUGGGUCGUCAAUCGAUGGUUACGAUUUCCGGGACAAUUCUGAACCAGACGACGGCGCUAGGGGGACCUACUCAACAUUCCUAUUUGCCAAACGAGCAAGGCAGAUCAUCACAAAUCAUGAUACAGGGAAGCCUCUGUUCUUGUAUCUACCAUUCCAAGCAGUCCAUUCCCCAGUGCAAGUACCGGAAAGAUUUGAAUAUCCAUAUCACAAAAUAAAUGACAGGACACGACGAGCAUUUUCUGGUAUGGUGUCCGCGUUAGAUGAAGCGAUUGGGAAUAUCACGCACGCAUUGGCCUUGAAAGGGAUGUUGGAUGACACGGUCAUUGUCUUCACAACUGAUAAUGGUGGCCGGACGCUUUAUGGAGGUAACAACUGGCCUUUGCGGGGACAGAAAUACACACUUUGGGAAGGAGGGACCAGAGGUGCUGCGUUUGUCAGCGGAGGCAUCUUCAAGAAAACGAUUGGAAGGAUUUUCCGUGGGCUCUUCCAUGCGGUAGAUUGGUUCCCAACUCUCCUAGCCGUCGCGGGUCACUCGCCUGAGAACCUGACCCUGGAUGGAAUGAACCAGCUCGAGAGUCUGACAACGCCUUACCAUCCUGGUGCGAGGAAGGAAUUCGUCUACAACAUCGACGACAUCGACGAGAACGCCGCCAUCAGGGUGGGGAACUUGAAACUGAUUGUCGGCAAACCUGGUCCGGCAGACCGUGAUGGUUGGACACCCGCACCAACGCUAGCAGACGACAAUGAGGUAAGGUUCGCCAGGGAUGAAGACGCGGGAGAAAUUCACCCUGAACCGAGCAAGCGUCAGCUGUUUGACCUUGGGCGUGAUCCCACUGAACACCAUGACCUCUCUGAGCAGCACCCCUUCACCGUGAACGUCAUGUACAAGCGUCUUCUUGAGCUGACGGCAGACUAUCACUACGCCUACUACCCAGACGACGACCCUAGCGGAAAUCCUCUGUACUUCAAUAGAAACUGGUCGCCGGGAUGGUGCGACGCGAUUUGACACUUUCAAAAUUUCAAAACGAAGCUUAAAGCCCAAGUCCAACAGUUGAAAAACUGAGGGUCGAAUGUUUUUCAUGUUUCCUACCUCGCCAUGAAAUCCUGCCUGGCUGCGUUCAUGUUACUGAUGACGUCUCCGACAUUUCCCACAACGGCAGCGAACACGAACACUCCGAUGAGAAAGGUGACGCCGGUGAAAACGUAUUCCUGGAAGAAAGGACAAGCGGAAAAGUCAGUGACUACGAAGCGCUGUGGCCAACUGAUCAAGAUCGACGACGGUUAGAGGAUGGAGACCUUGGUUCAUAGAAUUUAACAUCGUCUAUCUUGACAAAGAGGACAACAGUUCUUCGUGCUGAUUAUCGGGAGUUCAUACACCGGCGUACGGGGAACAUCACAUUUUGUAGUACACUAUUCUGAUGAUGCUGUAAAGAGCAGAAAAAGUUACUCACAAGUGUUGUUUCUGGAUUGGCUGUGCCUCCGAUUGUUGUCAAUGUCAUUGUCGACCAGUAAAGUGAACGGAUGUAUUUACUGAAAGAAAAUAACCAAAAUCUUAGAGGCGGCAAGCAACCUUGGAAGGGAAAAAACAAAAAGAAACGCCAUUGAAUUGGAGAACUCCGGCACCAAAAUCACGCAUUUCAUUGUCAGAUCCAAUACUCUAGCAGAUAACAUUUCCUCAAAUUAGGCUAUACACAAGCAGAAAAUAAUGAUAAUCGGUAUUUUUCUUCAUGAUGCCAUCUCCAAAAUAUUGCUUGCCGCCACCAUUUUGGUUGUGCCCACGUGACCAUAGUAACUUACGAGAUCUGAUCGUGGUACUGGAGUUUCUCCAAUGGUUGUCAGUGUCAUCAUUGACCAGUACAUGCAUAACACGUACCUUCUGCAAAAGGUCAAAGGAGAUAAUGGCAAGGUUAACACCGGGGGUUGAAAUAAGUCUCAACCUCAGAAAAAAAAUGGUUGAAAAAUUGAAGUGAAGCUAAAGUGACUCCAUUUUGCCAAUCUCAGGCACACCAAAACUCUAUCAAACACCAAAAAUCGGACUCUAACUGUUCGGAGGCCAUGCAGACCAAAGAUAUCAAUGUCUUCCGAUUAAUACUUUUACAAUUUUGUGUGUUUUGGAUGAGUUCUGGUGUUUCUUUGAUUUGCAAAAUGGAGUCACUACACAUGUAGUUUCACCUUAAAUAGUGUAUCUUGAACUUGGUCUACUGUUAUCUGAAUGAUUGUUGGAUCAAAGCAGCUUGGAAAAUACAUUGUAGUUCUCUCAACAGGAUUUACUCAUACCUUCGAAAAUAGGAUUUACUCAUACCUUCGAAAAUGUUGAUCUUCUGUUUUAUUCGGAAAUACCCAGUCAUUGAUACCAAGGCCUUCAUACUGAAAUCGAGAAUCAGCCAUAAGUUAUCUCUACUCUCUUACUUCUUCUUUUUCUUCUCCAUCGGAGGCCUACGCCAACGUCUUGAAGAUUAUUAGAACUGGUCAUGUACCCAUUUCAUGGGUACUCUAACCAUCGUACGAAAUAGCAUUUACAUCUUAUAGUGAGGUCGUGCAUCACUCCAUGGCAAUACUGACUUACGACGUAUUUUGAACACAAAUUCUUCGUAUUUGUGCAUGUGGUAUGUUCGAUUACAAAAUAUUCUUAA